GUGAGCGAGGAGCUGCUGACGGACAGCGGCCUGUCGCUGAGCACUGCGUCCUGGGUUAACAUCACACAGAUAAUCGGUAAGGAGGAGGAGGAAACCCCUAACUACGCCCUGCUGGUGGUACUUGUACUGAUCUCUAUAGCCACUGUAGUGGGGAAUGUGAUGGUGCUGGUGGCUUUGGUACGGGAAAGGAUGCUGCGGACGGUGUAUAACUACUUCAUCCUGAAUCUCGCCCUGGCUGACCUGAGUGUGGGACUGGUCAUCAUGCCCCUUUCCGCCACUUACGUCGCGUUCGGCAACUGGCCGUUCGGAUCUGCGAUGUGUGUCCUCUGGGUGCUGAUGGAUUUUGGCUGCCGCCAGGUUUCCAUCUUUACACUCCUUCUCAUAGCAGGGGAUAGAUACUGCAGCAUCCGGUGGCCUACAACGUACGUAGCCCGGCGGACUGCGCAACGUACUAUCCCGGUCGUCGUCCUCACUUGGGCGGUGGCUGUUACAAUCUGGGCGCCAGGCGUCGCCAGCUCCUUAGCCAGUGACGCCGAGCAGUGCAUGCUGAAACCGUCAUCCAACAUUGCCUUUACCGUGACUUCCGCCAUGCUAUCGUAUCACCUUCCUGUGGUGUCUAUCGUCGCCCUUUACAGCCGGAUGACAGUCUUGCUGAUUCGGAAGAUGAAAACUAAGCAUGCAAAACGUAAGAUAGUGCCCCUGGACAUGCCAAACAGUAUAAGCAAGGUAAGUGGACAAGCUGACGAGGUCUUGCCGGGAACUUCCGAUCCCAGUUGCUCACACUCUCAUCGGAUAAACCGUCAAGAGAGGAGGGAGAUACGCGCGGUGAGGACUCUGGCUGUGGUAUCAGUAGUCUUCUUGGUCUGUUGGCUCCCAUUCAUCACCAUGUACCUGGUUACUGCGGCGUGUCCAGCAUGCGUCAGCAGUACGGCUUACAACGUGUCCUAUUGGCUGGCCUACAUAAACUCUAGUCUGAACCCCAUCGUCUACAGCCUCCUCAGUCCGGAGUUUAGAAAGGCCUUCAAGAAAGUCCUACGUAUCGGCUCCAGGGCCACUAGUCAAGUUGGACGCCAGUCAACCCUUCAAGCUGGAUAA